AGGGGAAGGGCGUGAUAAGCCUCUGAUUUACGCUAUGGCAGAACGAAAAGGCAAGAACUUCGAUGGUGUGAGCACUGACCGCCUUAAACUGGAGCUGCUGGAAGAAAUCCACAUGAAGGAUAUAGUGCAACUCUCAAUGCUUGAAAUAAGACACAAGAUAAUGGAGCUGGAAGCCAAACUCAAUACCAAUGAUGAAGGUAGUGGAUGGAAAGCCCGUUAUGAAAUACAACUUGAACUGAAUGAUCAACUAGAAAAACAAAUUCUUUCACUCAAAGAGAAAUUAGAAAAAAUCCACGGAAAUCCUUCAGAUAGACUUUCUUCUAUUCGAAUCUAUGAGCAAAUGCCAGAGGAAUCAUUAACUGCAUUACUUAAGCAGCUAGAAAAAGAAAAAAGGAGUCUUGAAAAUCAAGUGAAAGCAUAUGCACAAAGGUUGGAACUUGAGACCAAGGCUCACCAUAAAACCAACAAGGAACACCAUGAAUACUUGGCAGAAAUGUCUCAGGUCUCUGGCUUACCCAAAGUUUCUAAAAAACAACAGAUCGAUCACCUGCCUAGAAUGAAAGGGAAUCUAAUGAAGAUGGGGAGACUUAAUCUAGUUAACCAGAAGACAAUGAAUGUCAAGAGAGGUCCAGUAAGAAAGAUUACAAGAUCAAACCAUCUUCCAAAACUCAUCCCCAAAUUCCAGAACUAGAUGGAUUUCAGUUUUUUCCCUUUUUCAUCUAUAAUAUUCAACUUCUGAAGCUGCUGAUAUCUGCCCAAUAGUUCUUUCAGGGAAUAAAAUAGAUAAGAAUUAUCAAAA